AAUACUGUGGGAGACCGUGUCAAAAGCUUUGCUAAAGUCAAGGAAUAACACGUCCAUUGCUUUCCCCUCAUCCACAGAGCCAGUUAUCUCGUCAUAGAAGGCAAUUAGAAUAUAGCCAGUUUAUUUAAACACUCAUUCUUAUUACAGUUGCCUUCAUUCUCCCUCCUAUUAAUUUUGAAAAGCUUACUUGCGUCCUGACUUAAACUAGAUUGUAAACUCUUUGGGGGCAAGGACUGUCUUGUACAGUAUCCAGCAUAUGAAGCCCCAGUUCUGUCUGAGGUUUUCAGGAGCAACCCACAUUACAAGUUAUAAUUAAAAUAUGGAUGUGUUUGGUGUUCCAAUGAAAAAUGUUGUGUUGUGUUGCCAUUGGGGGGGGAGGAUGAUUUCCUUGACAACAGUGGGGGGCCUACGACAUGUUUCAACUACAUUUAAACUUUAAUUUAAAGAAGUCUUUUACUCCUUAUGGUUGCAAAGUAAAUCAACUAAACGUGAACAAAGUGUAAAUGUAACCAAAUGCAGUGUCAUCUUCUGGAGUCUGUAGAUACAGCUACAGCACCUCUACUGUUGCUCAGACCUUUGCAAUCAGUAAACUAACAAGAUUCUGUUUAGUUUAAUUCACUAUACAGAUCUCCUUGCAGCAGUGAAUUUGGCAGGAAUUGUCAGUUCCAUGCUGCUGAUUUUGUUUAGUGAAGCUCUUCCCAACAGCAAGGUGGUGCUGGAUGUAUUCACAGUGAAGAGGAUGCCCUAAUAAAAUAAGUCUAUGUGGAGAGAUUUGGGUGCAGUUUGUCAUCUCUUUCCUCUUCCCCUAACUGGCUCCACCAGGCAUCAUGAGGUUUCUUAGUGACUUUCUCACACCUUUUGAUGCCUCCAAAGAAGAAAUGCAUCCGCCAGGCCCACAAGGCACAACUGCAGUUCCUUGAAACCCCAAGAGAGGGGCCUACGCAUCACUAUGGAUCUCCGCUGCCUUUGGCUGAGAACCCAAGACAUGUUUCUACCAAACCUCUAGACCAGAAUGCCUCUAUCUCAUGGGUAUCUCCACAGUUUGAAAGCACUGUGUCAACAGGCUUCAAGAGAUGUCAGAAGCAGCACCAUGUUGCCCGCAGCUUCCAGAACUGGGAUGAUAGUCGUGGUUUCCUCCAUGUGGGAGGAGUGUGUCGGAAACGCACAGUCUGCAAAGUUCCUCCUUUAAUGUUUGAGGUUCCACAGGCACACUCCUAUGCUGGAGCAACAGGGUACUCAGACUCUUGUGGUAACCCCGGGAAUUGUGCAAAGACAUGCCAUAUCCAGCCAAAGAGGGGCACUGCAGCAAAGCCCAGUACCUCAAUGGGCAAGCCUCAGAGCUGUGGAAAAGGGGCCUCUCAGUUUCCUAAUCAGGAUGCUGAGCCAGAUGUUUUCAGUCCACCAGAUCUACGGACUCCAGAGCUGCCCUCUGUGAGAAGCUAUGGAUGCAAUGGUACUUUACCACAGAUGAACACCCUCUCUCCAAAUCCACAUAGUGGCCUUGAUCUCUGUGCUGACACCACUGAGAGCUUUGAGCCAACAUCUGUACUGGUCAAGGAUACCACUGAGAGCUUUGAGCCAACAUCUGUACUGGUCAAGGAUACCCCAGAGCAUGAGUACGGAGUGAAGGUAACAUGGAGAAAACGGUCUCACCUAAUGAGAUACCUGAGGGAGAAGGGGAUGCUGAGCCCAAGUGACAUCCUAGUGAAGACUGUAACUGCUGAUCCCAGUCAGUGCUGAUCCCUUUGGAAUAGGACAGACUGCCUUUGACUUGAGGGGCACAGUAACUGAAAUCCCUCUUUGCUGGCUCUAAAAGCAACGGGCAUUGCUAAACCUAGUUGGGAGAUCAGUGACAGGAUAAAGAGAAGAACCAGGACUUAUACUGUAGGCUAAGACUGCUCGAUGCUGCAGAGAGCUGCUCUCUCCCCGCCAGCCUGCCUGAAGAUCAGUCUCCACUGGAUCGUGAUGGGUGGGGGCGUGGCUGAGAGGUUCCUAGUCUCCAAGAGACUUUCCGUACCCAGCCCCGGACGUGUCCUUCCUCCCUGCACCUCGUCUUGGGUUUCCAGACCCUCCCCACGCCCGCCUGGGCCCUGCUCUCUUUGUAGGGGUGGGAUGCGCCUUUCGCACCCUGCUCCAGCCGGGGUGAGUGAGCCCACGCUGGCGCCUCUGGGUCCAGCCCUGUUUGCCCCGCCCCGCGCGGCCAUUGAGCUAGCCCCGCCUCGUCGGAGCCUCCGCUGCACAGCAGCCACCGGGGUGC